CUCUCCCCCCCUCUCCAUCUCUCUCUCUCUCUCUCUCUCUCUCUCUCUCUGCUUCCAUAAAAAAACACAAAAAGAAACAAAUCCCUCCUACUACUAUAGCUAUACACAAACACAAGCUCAAAAACUAUCUUGCUUCUUUGUUUCUCUAAUAUGGGGUUCCCAGUGGGUUAUUCAGAGCUUCUCUUACCAAAGAUCUUUAUCUAUGCACUUUCCUUUCUGGGUUUCUUAAGAAAACUCAUCUACACCAUGUUUCACUACGUGGGUCUGUCCGAUUUCUUCGAACCCGACAUUGCGUUGCUGGACACGGCGACACGUGUCCCCGAAUUCAACUCCGUGUCGGCCGUGCUUAUCCGAGAAAUCCUCCCCGUCGUGAAGUUCUCGGACCUGGUCGACCAGCCCGAGUCCUGCGCUGUCUGCCUCUACGAUUUCGAACCCAACGACGAGAUCCGACCGCUCACAAACUGUCGUCACAUCUUCCACAAAGGCUGCCUCGACCGUUGGAUGGGAUACGAGCAGAAAACGUGUCCGCUGUGUCGGACACCGUUCAUUCCUGAUGAUAUGCAAGAAACUUUCAACGAGAGACUCUGGGCUGCUUCUGGGAUCCCUGAAUUUUAUGGAGAUUAUUAUUCUCUUCCCACUGGUUUGUAGUACUCCUAUUUAACUAGAAACUCUUAGUUUACAAAAUUAUUAUAAAACAAAAAAAAAAAAAAAAAAAGGAUUUUGGUUAUUUGGACUGGUUCAUGUGUAUAUAUAUUCGAAAAAUAUUCACAAUUUGAGUCUAGUUAUCAGAAAUCAGAUGGUUUUGUAAUUUGUACAGUUUCAUUUCUUUUGGGAUAAUGAUUUUUUUUUGAAA